AUGUUCGUGCUCUUGCUAUGCCUGCUACAGUGGUCCCUAGCUACUCGGGCACACGAAGCUCCCUUAUUUUCCUUUAAUAGUACAUGGCACGUCCUUGGGCCUUUUCAAAUCGGGACCAGAGGCACGUCGAUGAAGGCUACGUGGGGGGCAGAUCCACUAGAAUAUGCGGGCGGCUUCAGAAACCUCAGUUACGAUCCAAACGCACAGUUUCCUAGUUCCUUGCCAUCAAAUGGAACUGCUUCGUGGAAUAUCACCAAGGCUACAAAGACCCUGACCAGUGCUAUCUCGGCCAAUGCCUCGCUGAGCAUUGGCUACUCCAACGUCGACUGGGACUUUUUGAAGGUCUUUUACGGAUGGGCUGCCGUCCAAUAUCAGGCUUGGGUGCGUGGUGAGAUAGUCGUUGGCGGUCACGAAACUCAGCAUGUGAUCCUACACACCGACGCAAUCCUAGAGUACUGGAUCGACGACAAGCAUUACUUUGGAGGCGACUUUUAUAGCUACCGGAACGCACCUUCUGUCAUGCAUCUUACACCUGGCUCGCAUAGGGUUGACCUCCGUCUAGUCCGCGAUGUAAGAGCUUUUGGAGGCAUCCUGGAACCCACGAUUGAUGUCGUAGUCGAUGUACGGCAAGUGACUGGUGCUCUUGAACUUGCAAAACCUGGCAUUCUGAUGUCCGAUGCUAUUGGUGGGAAGCUCGUCUCUUCAAUUGGCUCGGUAUACCUAAGGAACACUGGGCAGGAAGACAUUGAAAUUGUGAGCAUAGGACGCUCAAUCGACAGCUCUCAUUCCACCCUCAGGGAAUCGGGCUUGAAUGCUCAAACACUCUACCAUUCCCUGCCCAUAACCAUUGUUGCUGGUCAGACGAAACCUGUCGUCUUGAACGUCCGUCCAGCAGAGGGCAAUGCUUCUGUCGUGAAACUUGACAUCACAUAUAAGACGGCCCGCAGUGCUCACUCUCGGACACUCAGUGUUUCUCAACCCCUGAAUCACGUAGCCCUCUACGCGCCCCAUAAGAUUACAUAUCUCCAUCCAGGUGGGAUGGUCUCGUACGCUAUGCUUCGGCCUCCUGCGAAGAACUCAACAUGCGAACCAGGGCGAUCAAAGCUACCAAUCUUGUUGCAAUUUCACGGAUCAGGGCUAGAAGCCGACAACCCCAUGGUAUAUGGUGCUCUGAACUCUCUACCGGAUCUCUGUGCCUGGGUAUUGUUUCCCACAGGUGUCACACCGUGGUCCGGUGACGACUGGCACAGCUGGGGUUUUGCUGAUGUUGAAGCAGCAAUCUCAGCAAUUCCGCGGUGGAUUGAAGACAACAGCUGGACAGGCCAUGGUAUCGAUACAAACCGAUGGAUACCUUCAGGUCACUCAAAUGGUGGACAAGGGACAUGGUUCGCCCUGACUCACCGUCCAGACAAGGUGCUUGCUGCGGCUCCAGUCUCUGGCUACUCCAGCAUUGAGAAGUACGUUUCAUAUGAGCUGUGGCAGAGUGCAGACCCAAAACGUAAAGCGACCAUCAGUGCAUCUCUAAACAAUUACCGUCAUGAGAUGCUGAUGUCAAAUGCACGUGGUAUUCCGAUCCAACAGCAGCAUGGUGAGGUCGAUAACAAUGUACCUGCCUUUCAUUCUCGCCUGUUGGCACAACAGCUGUACCUGGAAAAUACCAGCUCGACGUACAACGAGGUCGCUGGCUUCAACCACUGGUGGGAAGGUGUCAUGACUACAUCGCAAUUGGUAAGCUUCUAUUACAAGCAGACCAACAGCGAAGAAAUUUUGCUGCGGAGACUAAAACAAUUCACCGUCAUGGUGGGCGAUCCGGGGGACAUGGAGAGUAAAAGCGGGAUCAGAGUCAAACACCUAGAGGACCCAGGACGAUACGGAAGGGUCAGUGUCCGAGGGAACAUUAUCAGGACCUCUAAUGUGCAAGACCUUGAAUUCGACCUCGCUCUCUGGACGGAGUCUGUAACUAUUGAUGAGCAAAGAGUAGAGCUGUCAGAGUCUUCGGUUGCAGCAGGGGGCACGAUCAGUGUCUACAAGUCGACUGAUGGUUGGAGACCAAGUUCAAUCGGAAAAGGGGCGGUACAGCUACAACGGAACGGUCGUCAGUUGGGCUCCAUGACUGCUCUGCUUCGAACACGUGGCGCCUUUAUUAUUCGACAUUCUGGAUCCACGGCUACGUUGCACAUUGCUUUGCAGAUUUCUUCUAGCCUUCACCAAUACUUUCUAGCGGAUACUAAUAUCCUUCACUCCGUAUUGGACCCCAUCACUCCAGGUGACUCUGGAAAUGUCAUCACUUUAGGCGUCGCUUCCAGCCUGAAGACUGUCAAGUCCAGUUUCCCUAUACAUGUUGAUGAGUCUGGAGUCGUGAUUCGCGAUCAUCAAGGUCAAGAACAUCGGUACGGGAAGGAAGCUCGAGGCGUCGCAUUCCUCCACCCGCUUGAAGACGAACGACUUGAACUAGUGCUUUGGGGUACUGAUGAGGAGGGAUUACAGCAAGCUGCACGGCUUGUGCCUCUUCUAACAGGUGUGGGACAGCCAGACUUUGUAGUCUUUGGACAAAGUGCAAAGUGGAAAGGCAUCCAAGGUACACUCGCGAUGGGCUUCUUCGACUCAAACUGGGAGGUCGCCCCGUGCAGCGUUAUAGACAGCGAGUUCGACACAUAUGGGGCAGAGGAUUGGGACUAGGCAUACACUGCUAAUAUCACGGGCUACAUGUGUAGGUUUGAGUGUAGAGAAAGAACGUACGUGAAGAGCUCUGUACAUGAUAAAAGCGGCUGCACGUACUUGGCAUGAUUACGGUCCAAAUAUGACGCAGCCACCAGC